GUCUUUCUCUCCCUUCCUGCUGCAUCACAACAGCCGUUAGCAGCAGUCCGAGUAGCACUAGUGACCGGGGGACGGGAUAUCCACCGUUAAUUCAUUGAUAAAAUAAUAACAGCCCAGUUGACGUUGCAGUACUCAACGACGUCCUAGCGCGGGGGUAACGGACAGGAACUGGUUGCAGUGCGAUAACCCCGCUCCAGCUGUUGGGACAUGGCCAGGCAGGAACAGGUUCUGCUCCUGGAGCCUCAGCACGAACUCAAAUUCAGAGGUCCAUUCUCAGACGUGGUCACCACAAAUCUCAAACUCUCCAACCCUACAGACAGGAAUGUGUGUUUCAAGGUGAAGACGACGGCGCCGCGCCGGUACUGUGUGCGGCCAAACAGUGGAAUCAUCGAUGCAGGCACCUCAAUCAAUGUCUCAGUUAUGCUGCAGCCGUUUGACUACGACCCCAACGAGAAAAGCAAACACAAGUUCAUGGUCCAGUCCAUGCUAGCACCACCUGACAUGACCGACAUGGAGGGGGUGUGGAAGGAGGCUAAACCAGAGGAGCUCAUGGACUCCAAGCUGAGGUGUGUCUUUGAGAUGCCAGCAGAGAAUGAGAAAACGCAUGACAUGGAGUCCAACAAGAUGUCCAGUUUGCUGAAGUCAGAGUCCUCAGCGCUGCCGGCGAAGUCACUGAGCUCCACCCUCGAUGACGGUGAAGUGAAGAAGAUCAUGGAGGAGUGCAAGAGGCUGCAGAUGGAGGCUCAGAGGCUACGGGAAGAAAACAAACAGAUCAGAGAGGAUGACGGCCUGCGGAUGAGGAAGGGUAACGUCAUGUCGUCUCAGCACGGCUCCGUCGGCAUGAAGAAAGACGAAGGGCUGAGCGCCCGCACGGUGGCCCUCGUCAUGCUCUUCUUUAUUGUGGGCGUCAUUGUUGGCAAGUUGGUCUUGUAGAGCGCAGCGCAGUUGGGUUGGCCGCAGCAUGCUUUCGGGGGAUGAAAAACAAAUACGGGAUCUGGGAUUUUGGAUCAGAAAUGCCAUAUCUGCUGGGUGGGACGGGGGCGGUACUAAUUUUGAUUCAGUCUCAUUUAUGUAAAAAAGAAAAAAAGAAAAAGAAAUCAAAUGGUAAUGUAUGAGGAAAAAAGAUGAAGAAGAAAAAAAAAAACGACUCAUCCUCUUAUGAACAAACCUACUGUUACAGGUCUUGCCUCUACGUAAUCAUCACAUAAUCAUUCUGGCUCUCUUCCCAAAGUAUACAGAUGAUUGAUGCUGUGGGUGGGGGGGUGGAGACAUGAUUUAAUGCCAGUGAUUCAGACCAAUGGAUUUUCUAACACCGGCAAGUUAGUGUUGGUGUGAUUGAGUCAGUUUGCGAUUUGUGCGAAUGUCAUUUCAGUGAAUUGUUGUUUCUUUUUCUAAACGACGGAGGCCAGAGCCAAUGUAUAUGAAUAUGUAAUCGCCCCACUGUACAGUAUAUCCAGGUGUUCCUUCCAGCGAAACCCCUUUAAUGAAGGGAUGUUCCAGAGAAAUGAUCCACACAGUGGGGGUUACACACAGGGCUAUCACACGGUCUCCUCCAAUCAGAGGCUUUGUAAAAUCGGCUCGUCUUUGAUUGUAGAACAACCUUGAUCAGUGUAUGACACACUAUACCGCAGGUGUUUAAUUUCCACGUGCCCUUUUUAUUUUUCACUCUACCUUACUCCUGUCACCUGUCACUCACUGCUCAUCACAUCCCCGCUCGUCACACGGGGGAUGUUUUGACUGCAUGCGUUCACUGAGUGUUGCAUCCGGACUUUUGAAUCUAAUUUAAUUGCUUUUAUAAUGUUAUAAUAAUAUGUCAUUUGACUGUAGGUUUGCACAAAUACCUUUUCUGAUUUUCUUUCUCUUUUGUGUUUUGUCGCAUUUUUAUGUUCUUAUUUGAAUUUGUUUGUGGUUGUCGUUGGGUUGAAGCGUUGAAGAAGAUUAUUGCAGAUACCUGAAAUGAGGAUUAGAUCAGUUGUGUACAUCCAGAUGAAAAUCUUGCCUUGUGACCUGCUGGAGCAAGUUAUUCUCAGACCAAGAUGGAAGUAUAUUUACAGCACAUGUAAACAUGUAUACACACACACGUACAAACAUAAAGCAUGCAUACAUUUAGUGGGAGACCACGAAUGGACUGAAGGUGCACAUAGAGCGAAUGUUUACUAGACGACAUCAACACCAAGGCCCCGUUUCAGUGUCGUAGAAAGAAAACCUUAUCCACCUCUCUUUUUGUUUUCUCGUGUUUUUCCUACUGAGCCAUACAUUUGUCGACGUCAGUUUCGUUUGGAGCAAAUGUAUGUCAGAGAUCAGCUGAGUGUUUCAGGCUGCUUGCACCGACUCUCAUGAGCUUUCACUUCUCACAUGGCUGCAGGCCUGCGUUCAGCUUUUUGGUGUUUGUGCGGCCUUUAUCCGUUGCUUAUUAACAUUACACCCUCUCUGCAUUUGAAGUUGUGUUCAUUUUUAAUGCACUAAGGUUAAUAGUCUCCCUCCUUUGAUCUUCCUUUUUUUUUAAACGUGAAGGGGGAAGCAUACAGCCAAGUUAUAGCCUUGAGCAUACCACACAAUGACACUGUACUGUUUCCAGAACUGUCAGAAAUAAACUAAAACAUAUUCUCCAAUUGGUUCAUCUUCCAAAUUUGCAUAUUGAGGGUUAAAAAUGCAAGGGAGAGUGCAUUAUUCUCGGAAAAAGAGCAGCCGGUCAUGUUUUUAUCCAACUGUAUCUGCAUGAAAUCAGAAGCAGACUGUGUUCCCCUUCGCUGUGCAGAAAUCCACCAUCUUUUCUUGUUGAGUGGAGUGGAAGACAGUGCAUCUGACAUGUGGGUGUGGGAUUAAAAUCAACAUUAGCGCGUGUUUCUACUGUAUUUCUGUAAAGUAAAGUUGUUGGGUUGGGUUGAGGGUGACUUGCUGCUUAGAGGGAGGGCAGAGCAGACCUGAGCUAAUCCCAUUUUGGGUUAACAGGCCUGGGUCGAAUAGUACUUGCAGAAAAUUGUUCUUGUUUUCUUUUUUUUUCUUUUUUUUUGACUGUAUCCUGGCUGGAGUAUCAGAACAUUUUACAACACCAAAAUACUAAUUUGUAUUCAUUUAUGAGACUGAAAAUGUAACUUGACCACUGCCCCCUAGAUGCAGUAAACUCCACCAAUCUGGUACUCCAAGUAGGAUUUGUCAAACAAAAGUAAUUAUGUGUAAACGCUAAUUGAUCCAGACCUGGUUGUAAAACACACUACACUGACCUGUCCCAGAGUCUCUGACCAUCACCGUGAUCAAUGUAAGCAGUCAAGAAACUGUUUUGUAUGUAUAUAAAUAAAUAAAUAAGUCUAUCUGAGAAGAAGAUUAAUAUUCCUAGUCAAGUAGUCUCUCUGGUGUGUAAAAACAACCCAACCUGGUUGGACUAUGUAGCAUCUUAAUAAAUUAAAUGAAUAAAGCCCCUAACUAAC